ACGGGGAGAGUGACACAUUUUGCUCUUGCAAAUUUUGUCAUACUCCAUUUCAGCGCGAACAACCACAAUGGCUGCUGCUGCUGCUGCUCAGCCUCGUGUCAUGGUGCUACCCUUUCCUGCGCAGGGCCACGUCAUCCCGCUCAUGGAGCUGUCCCGCAAGCUCGUCGGGCACGGCUUGGAGAUCGACUUCGUGAACACCGAGUUCAACCACGGCCGCGUCCUCCAAGCCUUGGCAGAGGACGGAGCAAUCCCAGGAGGAGUUCACAUGCUCUCCGUUCCGGACGGCCUGGGGCCGGCCGACGACCACACCGACAUCGGCGCACUGGAGGGACUACCGGCCGCUAUGUCCGGCCGCCUCGGGAUGAUCAGGUCGAGGAAGACCAAGUGGAUGAUAGCGGACGUGUCCAUGAGCUGGGCCCUGGAGCUGGCCACCACGGCGGGCGUCCGUGUCGCCUUGUUCUCCACGUACUCUGCAGCCGUGUUCGCGCUCAGGUUGAAGCUCCCAAAGCUGAUAGAGGACGGCGUUGUUGAUGAAAGUGGGAACGUGAAGAGGAACGAGAGGGUCCAACUGAUGCCGCCCGUUGACGCGGCCGAGAUCCCCUGGGUCAGCCUUGGCAGCACGCCUGAGAGGCGCAGAACCAACAUCCAAAACGUCCUCAGGACCAACAGGUUGAUACCGCUAGCUGAGACGAUCAUAUGCAACACCUUCAUGGAGAUGGAACCUGACGCUCUGGCUCUGCUCCCAAACGCGCUGCCGCUCGGCCCGCUAGCGCCGACGUCGAGGCCCGCCGGACAUUUCCUGCCCGAAGACCUCACCUGCCUCGCCUGGCUCGACGCGCAGGCCCCCUGCUCCGUCGUCUACGUCGCCUUCGGGAGCUCCGGCAUCUUGGACGCGACGCAGUUCCAAGAGCUUGCCGACGGGCUCGCGCUCUCCGGCCGGCCGUUCCUGUGGGUCGUCCGGCCAAACUUCACCACCGGAGCCACAAAAGGUUGGUUCGACGCGUUCAAGCGCCGCGUCGAGGGCAAGGGGCUGGUCGUGGGCUGGGCGCCGCAGCAGCGCGUGCUCUCGCACCCCGCCGUCGCCUGUUUCGUGUCGCACUGCGGGUGGAACUCGACCAUGGAAGGCAUGCUGCACGGCGUGCCGUUCCUGUGCUGGCCGUACUUCGCCGACCAGUUCUCCAACCAGAGCUACGUCUGCAACGUUUGGGGCACCGGCAUCAAGCUUUGCCGAGACGAGCGAGGGGUCGUGGCGAAGGAGGAGAUCGAGAGCAAGGUGGCGCGGCUGCUCGGUGACGAGGGGGUCAAGGCGAGGGCUGCGACGUGGAAGGACAAGGCUUGUGCGAGCAUUGCAGAGGGAGGGUCCUCGCAUGAGCACCUUCUCAAGCUCGUGAACUUGCUAGGAGAGUAGGGAUCCCAUCCCAUCGCUGCGUGAAUCAUGACACCGAGACAUCGGACGGCUCCGGACAUCUACGUCGACAAAUAUACAAAACAAUAAAACUCAAACGGCUUAGAUUUAGCUUUAUUUUAUAUAUAGUGAAGUGGUGAGCAAGGCAUGAUCUGCCUCCGUGUUAGAAUGAUUAUUUUUCAUGUUGGGAAUUGCUACAAGAAGGCUGUCCUAUGGCGUUUUGGCAUUUUUGAGUCAAUAAAAGUGUUCUUUAUCAGAAAAAAAUGGCCUUCGAUAUGUCAAAAUAAAUUUUUAUGUUUUCUCUAGAAGAUCUUUAUCAUAUUUUUUAGCGAAAUUGCUGCACGCACGGCGUUUCCUU